GUACACACAGUGCCGUGCUUUUCUCCCAGCAGCAGCAGUGAGCUGACAGGAUGUAGCCUAAUGUGGGGCCAUGGAACAGACGUGUUAUGGGCUCCGCUGAACGCUCUCUGGACUAACUGUGGACGGAAAGCACUUCCAGCCGCUGGUGCAGACACACACUGGCGCUUCUUCUGAGCCACGGCUACCAGCAGCAGUCGAUGGGAACCUGCUCAUCCGGCUGACGUCUACUAUGUGUCGAGGGAUGGCGCUGUCAUUUCUUCUCUUCUUCUCUGCCAUGUUGCCCUUACUCAGAGUGUCUGCAUCCUAUAAUACAUCUGCUGGUUGUGCUAUCAUCCGUCCUCCCAGAGAUGGAGGGAUAAGGUACAGAGGUCUGACACAAGAGCAGAUCCGCAGUGUGCAGGUGCUUCCGGUAGACUAUGAGAUAGAGUACAUCUGCAGGGGCAACAGGGUGAUUGUGGGACCCAAGGUCAGGAAGUGUUUGCCCAACGGCACUUGGACCGAUCUGAUCCAGCGCAGCAGAUGCUUGUUAUUGUGUCCUCGGGUAUGGACAUCAUUGGAAAAUGGCCGGGUGUCUUCUUGGCCUCUGGGGCCCCCAGUGGAGGGGACAGUGCUACAUUACAGCUGUCUGCCUUCCUUCAUACUCAUGGGUCGAAACUCAACACAGUGCAAUAAGAUGGGCAAGUGGGACACGCCCAAACCUGUGUGUCACUAUGACCGCCACUACAAAGGCAAGAAGAAGCUCUACAUCGGAGCCCUGUUCCCCAUGAGUGGAGGCUGGCCCGGCGGACAAGCCUGCCUCCCCGCCGCGCAGAUGGCUCUGGACCUCGUCAAUAAGAGGGCCGACAUAUUGCCGGAGUACCAGCUGGAGCUGAUACACUAUGACAGUAUGUGCGAUCCAGGUGAGGCCACAAAGCUGCUCUAUGACCUUCUGUACACGGAGCCCAUUAAAGUGGUGCUGAUGCCCGGCUGCAGCUCUGUGUCCACGCUGGUGGCCGAGGCUGCUCGCAUGUGGAACCUCAUAGUGUUGUCGUAUGGUUCCAGCUCUCCGGCUCUGUCUAAUCGCCAGCGGUUUCCCACCUUCUUCCGCACUCAUCCGUCUGCCACACUGCACAACCCCACUCGGGUGCAGCUCUUCCAGAAGUGGAAAUGGACCAAGAUUGCCACCAUUCAGCAAACAACCGAAGUCUUUACAUCAACUCUGGAUGAUCUGGAAGAGAGGGUGAAGGAAGCAGGGAUUGAAAUCAGCGUUCGUCAGAGCUUCCUCACCGACCCUGCUGUGGCUGUCAAAAACCUUAAGCGCCAGGAUGCCAGAAUUAUUGUUGGUCUGUUCUAUGAGACGGAGGCCAGGAAAGUCUUCUGUGAGGUUUACAAGGAGAAGCUGUAUGGGAAGAAGUAUGUGUGGUUCCUCAUCGGCUGGUACGCAGACAACUGGUUUAAGAUCAAAGACCCGUCCAUUAACUGCACUGUGGAGCAGAUGAGCGAGGCUGUGGAGGGCCAUGUGACCACUGAGAUUGUCAUGCUCAACCCAGAGACGGUGCGAGGGGCCUCCAACCUGACUUCUCAGGAAUUUCUAGCUCAGCUGAUGUCUAAACUUGGAGGUAAAAAUCCAGAGGAGACGGGCGGUUUCCAGGAGGCUCCCCUGGCCUACGAUGCUGUGUGGGCUCUAGCCCUGGCCCUGAACAAGACUGUGGGACCCCUAAAGGCCAAGGGUCACCGGCUAGAAGAUUUCAACUACAACAACCGGGAUAUCACAGCUGAGAUCUACCGAGCCAUGAACACCAGCUCCUUCGAAGGAGUUUCAGGUCAUGUUGUAUUUGAUGCUCAAGGAUCCCGAAUGGCCUGGACUCUUAUUGAACAGCUUCAAGGAGGGAGCUAUAAGAAGAUUGGAUACUACGACAGCACUAAAGGCAAUCUGUCUUGGUAUGGGAAUGACAAGUGGAUAGGCUCAGGACCGCCUGCAGACCAGACAGUGGUCAUCGAGGAGUUUCGCUACCUGUCCCAGAAGAUCUUUGUGUCCGUGUCUGUCUUUGCUGGGUUGGGAAUCCUGCUGGGAAUCAUCUGCCUCACCUUCAACAUCUACAACAGCAAUGUCAGGUACAUUCAGAACUCUCAGCCCUACCUUAACAACAUGACUGCCGUGGGCUGCAUGAUGGCGCUGGGUGCUGUCUUCCCGCUGGGCAUCGAUGGCCUUCAUAUCCACAGGAGGCAGUUCCCCGUCGUCUGCCAGUUUCGCCUGUGGCUGCUCGGUCUGGGUUUCAGCCUCGCCUACGGCAGCAUGUUCACCAAGAUAUGGUGGGUCCAUACCGUCUUCACCAAGAAGGAUGAGAAGAAGGACAAGAGAAAGCAGCACCUGGAACCAUGGAAACUCUAUGCAACCGUUGGUGUUUUGCUCGGCAUCGAUAUCCUGUCUCUCAUGAUCUGGCAGAUUGUGGAUCCUUUACAUAUCACAGUGGAGCAGAAAUUCACUAGAGAAGCCCCCAAAGGAGACCUGGAUGUUCUGAUUCAGCCUUUACUGGAACACUGCAGCUCAGAAAAGAUGAACACCUGGCUGGGUGUUGUGUAUGGUUAUAAAGGUUUGCUGCUGCUGCUCGGCAUCUUCCUGGCCUAUGAGACCAAGUCCAUCUCCACAGAGAAGAUCAAUGACCACCGAGCCGUGGGCAUGGCCAUCUAUAAUGUUGCUGUACUGUGUAUGAUAACAGCUCCAGUCACCAUGAUCCUGUCCUCUCAGCAGGACGCCUCCUUCGCCUUUGCUUCCUUGGCCAUAGUCUUCUCAGUCUACAUCACCCUGGUGGUUCUGUUCGUCCCCAAGAUGCGGCGUCUGGUCACACGGGGUGAGUGGCAGUCAGAUGCCCAGGAGACCAUGAAGACUGGCUCGUCCACCAAUAAUAAUGAUGAGGAGAAGUCCAGACAGCUGGAGAGAGAGAACAAGGAGCUCCAGAAGAUCAUCCAGGAGAAAGAAGAGCGUGUGUCUGAGCUAAGAAACCAGCUAUCUGAGCGGCAGGCCCUGCGGUCCAGGAGAAGAGCGUCCACUGUCUCUAAUCAGAAUCACAGCUCCUCAUCUCCUGCCAUUCCCCAGAGUGACCCCAGGUCCCUGGCCCCUCCUCCAGGGUACCCCGUCCCCAUCUCUGACCUCCACCCCAUCCCUCCGUCCUUCGGCAACUCAUCCAGCCUCUACCAGCCGGACAGCAAGAUCAGCCGAAAUAACUGCCACACCAGCCGGCUGCAGCUGCUCUACAAGUGAGGGAUGAGGACAGCAAUAACUACAUAAAGAUUUGAAAAAGAACCAGAUCAUUACCUGUUGGAGGGGCUGACACCAGGCUGGGGGAUAACCAGUUUUGGAGCUGAUCAAUCAAUAUGUUAUUUUUCUUUUCUCUCAGAAAAAGGAUGUACAUACGCCCACAUCUUGGUAAUCGUACAAUUUAGCUACAGUUGCUAACCUGUCAAGCUUUCCAUUGUAACACUGCUCGUAAUGCAGUUUACUACAGAUUUACCACCGGAAUUUGUGUUAAUUUCUGAAAUAAAAAAAUCCUUGUCUAUAGAUUAAAGAAGACAAAAGCAGCUUCUCUUUGUGGCAACUGUUGAAUAUGUCGUCUGAAAUCACAACUGUCGCUGGGAGACUUAUUUAGUUUUAGAUAAUUCUUUUGCUAAUUAACAUUUAAUCUAUUAGCUGGUUGUUAACCCCAACUGACUCAUUUUAAAAUGAAAACCCAUUAGAAGGGUCUUUAAUAUAGAUACAAAUGUGCAUUAAUAUAUAAUGUAAUUGGCUAGAUACAUGGCAUUGUGCUAACAGCCUAAAGCUAGGUAUCUGGGAAAAAGUCAGCAUCCACAGUUGGUAGACCAGCAUCAGUUGAUAGAGAAGACACUGAAAUAAAGGAGCAGAACUGUUCUUGUACUGAAAGGUAGUUAGCCCUAGGAUUAUAGUGCAGUGUGAAAAUGAAAAUGUAAGAUUAAACUGUUAUUUUGUUAUAACUAGUGUUGGGUAUCGAGAACCAGUUCCAAAAUUCCGAUUCCAAAGUAAUCAUUACGAAAUUUAAAUUAUGGUUCUGUUUUUGGUUCCUAAACAACUACAUAUUGACAUAUCCUUCUCCAGCCAGUCGUAUGUUUUACUCCAAGACGCAAUAAAUGUUUGAGUUGCUCGUAUGUUGUUCAUAUAGAUCAUCAUCUCAUCAAGUAAACAAGCCAGUGAGGUCAUGGUCUGUUAAGGGCCGUGUGGAGACAAUCCAAGUCCACUUUUAUUCAGUAUUUCAAGUAAAGCACCUUUUAGGGCUAGAGCGUAAACCUCCUUAAAUCUAAUAAACAGCACAAGAGAGCUGCUAACGUUGCCUAAACUCUAAUAGUGUUGCAUCCAGGUCUGGCUGCCAUACUGUGGAUGUUCCAGUCCAGACAGGGACUUUUAAUGACCUUGUAAACCCUCCAAAUAAUAAAGUUAACCAAUGACGCUUUACUCUGGAUGUAAGGCUAGGUCACAACUGUAUAAGCUAACAUUCUGCUUAAGUUAGAACAGAUAAACAUGUGUUUUUGGGCUCUAUUAAGAGUGAUACUUGGUAUCCAAAUCAUUUGGAGGGUGGUGUCUUUCUUUAUCUCCUUCCAAAACCAAAAACACAAGAGCGAAAGCGCAAGGAAUUUAAUAUUGUUUGUUAUUGUAUUGUGUAGCUUUAGCCUCAGUCUUUUAGCAUGAUAUGUCUGUAGCCUUCAAGUGCAUAUUUAGGACCCCUUUAAACAUGGCUCUCAUUUUAAAAUGAGUCAGCUUGAACCAAAAUGAACCCUUCUGCCAUAACUGUGCUGGUGUUACUUAGCAAGCUACGGCUAAUAAAAUCUGCUAGCGACCAUAAAAUCUGAUAGUGACUGUUGUCAUAGCAAGCUACGGCUAAUAAAAUCUGCUAGCAACAGUUGUUUGCUAACGUCUGCUAACGUUAACAUUGAAAACUAAAGUUCUAGAAUAAAAAAUUUCGACAGAUAGCAACAGUAGCUAAUAGGGGGUGUGGCCCUACAGGCUCCAUUGGAGACCAAGAUGUUAAGCAUUUAUUAUAUCUGUACCUUAAAAUAUUGCCUCCUAAUGUGUUUAGAUAGUGCUAUGUACUGUAUAAGAGGCUGGACAAAAGGACAUGAUGAUGUCAGUUUUGUGACAAAGUAACUGGUUGUAUCCAAAACAUAAUAGGUUUUGUCAUUUCGGCUUCUCUUGUUAAAUGUUUGAUGGUGUUUUUUUUACAUUAUUAGUCUCUGUUCAAAGAGACUGCUCAGUCAUUGUACAUAGUUGUGUGUGUUCAUACUAAACUGACAAACUUAGUCCUGUUGAUAUAGGGCUGAAAAGAAAAGUAAGCUGAGGACACUGCUGUCAUCUGUCAGGUAUUAAGAGUUUUGACUGGCACACUCAAAAACUGAAGGAGCAUUACAUGAUGCUAAAAGCAUCAAUUCAAACACCUUGGGCCCUAUCUUGCACCCAGCGCAAUUGACUUUGUACACCGACGCAUGUAUCAUUCCUAUAUUGCACUCGACGCACAGCGGACUUUUCCCUCCACAGUCGCACGUCGGUAAAUU